GCGCUUUAGUCACCGUUCGGAUUUUGCCAGCAGCAGCACGGCAGCGAUAAUCGAAGAUUACUAUAAUAAUCGGCGGAGAUAAUACGGAAUACGGAAUACGCGAGUGCGAUCGACGUUGAGUCCAGAAGAGAUCGAAGAUGUCCCAGACCCUGGACGAUCUGCUGUUGCGCCAGGAGCACGCCCGCCAACUGCGACAGGCGUCGCGCUCCAAGUUCCGGCGGAUCAACUCGCUGGAUUUGAUUCCGGAGCAUCCCAGUCAGUCGGAGGAGGAGGAGGACGGCGGCAAGGAUGCGCAGACGCCGCAUCGCCAUUUCGUCACCCUGCGAAGGCAGAGAACUGCGGAUGGCAGUUUGCUGAGGAGUCAGUUCCAAACGCAGACACCGAUUCAACCGAGUUUCGGCACCCGAGUCCUGCUCUUUGGACCCCAGUUGCUGAUGCGCCUGGUGCUCACCAUCCUGAGAUACGUGCUCUACAUACCCCUAUCCAUUGCGGCUCCCAGUUUCUGGUUGUCCGCUCUUCUGUGGAUUUUCUGGAAGCUCUUGAGGGUGCCUAUUGCUUUGGUGAAGUGGUUGCUCAGUGGCGAGGAGGAUCUGGGUACAGUGCAGCGCCAGAAGACCAUCCUCCUCAGUUGCGGCAGCACCAUUCAGACCCUUCACUUGGCCAGGAACUUCUACGGAUCCGGUGCACGAGUGGUGGUCUUCGAGUUUGAGGGAUUGUUCGGACUGGCAAGGUUCUCCACGGCAGUGGAUAAGUUCUACGUGGUCCCGAGGCCAACGGCGAGCAAUCCUGACCAGUAUAUCGCCGCCUUGUGCCACAUUGUGAAGAAGGAAAGGCCAUCGGUCUAUGUACCCGUUUGUGCCACCAGUCCGGCGUAUUAUGAUGCCCUGGCCAAGCCACAUUUGGAGGUCCUGGGAUGCGCCAGCUUCGUUCCGGGAGUGCAGGAAACCCAGCAGCUGGACGAUUGCCUGCAGCUCUUUCAGAGAUGCGAGCAGCAACAGAUGGCUUUACCAGCCCAUGUGGUUGUCACUGCUCCACGGCAGCUGCAGCAGAUCUACGAAAGUGGCUUUGUGGGCAGCUAUCGCAACAUCCUGAUGGCCGCCGGAAUGCAGGGAGUCCUGGAGAGGCACAAGUACAUACUGCCCAACAGGAGAGCGGAACUGAAGCUGAACCAACACGAGAUCAGCGAGAGCCAGCCGUGGCUGGUGGUCAGGGAUCAGCCGGGCUAUCACCACUACGUGACCUGCACCACGGUGAAGGAUUCGCGGGUGGUGGCCAACGUGAGUUGCCGGGUGGAGCACCACACGAAGAAUCUGAUACCAGUCCAUCGAGAUGAUGAGGCACAGAUUGAGCUCUGGCUGCGCUCCUUUUUCGCCAAGGUGCGUUUCCAGAGGCCCAUUAAUGGACACAUUAGCUUCCGCCUGGUCAAGAGUCCCGCCCACGGGGGUCAGUUCGUGCCUCUGGGCACGCGACUAGGCGUGGCCCUGCCCUACAUAUGCCACAAUCGAUCGCACGCCCAGCUCUUGUGCCGUGCGAUGAAGUGCAUCCACAGGAGGGGUUUGCCCGAGGACGAGCUGCCCAACUGGAGCUGGUCGGCGCUGGAGAGGAGCACCUCGACCACGGCGCUGGACAAAAGGGAGGCGCUGUUCGCCUACUGGGACCCGUUGCCGUACUGCGCCUACUAUCACUUCCAGCUGCCGCUCGAGAACGUCAAGCUGUUUUUGCAGCGACGGAAUCGCGCCACGACCAAAAGUUUAUCGCCCCGCAUCACGGUGCCGGUUCAUUGAACGCGAGGGGGGCACCACUACGGGCACCACAAUGGGAACCACAAAUGGGAAUGGGAAUGGGAGAACCAGAGAAUCUGAGAAUCGGAGUAUCACAGAAUCGCAGAAUCGGAAUCUGAGCCCGGAGCAAGUGCAUCACCAUCGGAAUCGCGGAAUCAGCGAAAGAGCGAGAGAACGAGAGAGAUUACACAGACUGAUCAAUAAUGGAAUAUAUAGAAAUAUAGCGUACAUAUAUACGUAGCAUA